GGGAGUAGACUUGCCAUUGUUGAGCUUUGUCAGCAAACAGAUGAAGAACGUAUGGAUGAUGCUAAAGAUUGGAGUAGUGCACUGUUUGAUAUUUUCCGUGACGAUGGUGAGUACAACAAGGUCGGAGAAUCUUCAGCACGUCAUAGUGAUCCACAUCAUCUUAACCAAUUGGCGAAAAAUAUUUGUCUUGAGGUCUGGUGCACACUUGAAGAAAGUGGAGUUGUACUGGAGGGACUAAUGGCACUGCAAGAGCAAGUUCUUGGUGCUUACAUUUGCUUUGUGGUUGAUGCAAGGUUGGUGAACCAGCAACAAGUUGUGGAUUUUAAAUCUGCAUUUCCAAAGUUUUCCCCAUUAUGGACAAAGGACACUACACCUUCGCAUGGAAUUUGGGCGUCAGAUUUCCAUUUGACCGUGCCAAAGAAGCUCCUCAACGCGAGAAUUGGAAGGGUUUGGUUACAUUUCCUUUUGAUCGUGGCAAACUUACAUUUAAAUUCGAGGACGAAUUUUCUUCAACCCUGGGGAAAUGAUGGCGGCUAG